AUGCGAGCAACAAGAAUGACACCAGCUCUCCCAGAACACUUUACCAACAUCCAAAUAUACGUAAAUCUUUCCCAGACCACGCUUGCUAACAGAAAGGCAUUCGCCACAGUUAUCAGAGCCCUGCGCAACAUCAACAUUAUUUUCAAGUGGGGAUAUCCUAACAAACUUAUAGUCCAGAGGAAUGGCACGGAACACAGCAUAUCAACACCUGAGGAUGUGGAAAAGUAUCUGAAAGAAUGGAGGUUAGAAGCUGAAAACCAAAUGAAGACACCUAACAGACGUGAACCAGCAACUUCACCAAAGAAACUAAACCCGGAUUGGAAGACUACAGCAACAGUGAGUGACUCUAAAGGGGAAAACCCUCUACUGGCAUAG